AUGGAUUAUGGCGUCAAUGGAUUUUGAUGCUGAGUAUUUUGAAAAGAGGUUGACGAAUCUAAAAGAUUCGCAAGACUCAAUUCAGAGUUUAUCAACAUGGUGUCUUGAACGUCGUCCUCAUCAUAAGAAAAUAGUCGCUUCUUGGCUGCAGGUCUUGAAAAAAGUCAAAGUCGAACAUCGGCUGACUUUAUUUUACUUGGCGAAUGAUGUGAUUCAAUACUCGAAGCGGAAAAAUUUUGAGUUUGUCGAGUCCUGGGGCACGACGCUCCAGCGAGCUACCACAAUGGUCCGCGACGAGAAAGUGAAACACCGUAUUUUGCGUAUCUUCAAGAUUUGGGACCAGAGACAGGUGUACGAUGAAGAGUUUCUGGCAGAUUUGUCGGGACUCAUUUCGGCAGCGCCCAAGAAGAAGGCUGAACCACAGCCAAUCGUAGUCCCUGAAGAAUUUCAGGCUGCGCUGCUCAUUUCGACUAUGAGGUCUUGUGCAACGCUUGAACAAGCCACUGAUGCAAGAUUAAAGGACUUGCGUGAUAGUAACGUCGACAUUGAUAAUGCUGAAGAGCUCUGUGCUUCUCUCAAGGAUCGGAGGCAUGUAGAAGAUGCAGAGAAGGAAGUUGAGGUCGCGGUGAGCAGUGUUGAGAGCUAUGUUCGUGCUUUGGAGGCGGAGAUAAGAGAGCGAACCCAGGUUUUGGAGUUACUUGAGCAGGCGGAUCAGUUUUAUGAGACUCAAAGGGGAGAAGUUAAAAUUGUUGCUAAUGCCUACAGAAAUUUUGGUAGUCGAGUUAAAAACUUGAAAAAGAAACUCGACGAGUUGCUGCCGACUCUUACAUCACCUAUUCCUUCACCAGAUGUCAAUGCACCUUCUCCGAGUCCUGACAGUGACAUUGAAUUACCUGGUGAUGAAUUGAAUGCUAGUAGUAACAUUAUUGAUGUCACUCCAGCUCCAAUGUAUGGGUCUUAUGUCCAGGAUUACGAUGUUGGAGCAAUUCCUCCACCAGAUUUAACUCAAGGAAACAGUUCUACUGAUUUUACAAGCAAUUUCUCGUCAUUUAUGGGUGGAAAUGUUGAUUUUGAUAUGAGAAAUAUAUUCAAUGAUAGAUCGUUAACACCAACUGGCAGUAAUCACUCCUACAACAUACCAACAGAGGCAAUGCCGAUUGAAGUGAUAAACAUGCGCCCGAAAGAUGGGAAUGAGUUUACUCCAAGUUUCUUAAAAUCAGUUCUUCCGAGCUCAGAAGCACCCUCUGGAAUUCCCGGUCUAGGUCUAGACAUACCCGAGCCACCACCAGAGUCACCUCAGCGCUCAGAGUACCCACACUUACCUGGCCAGCUAAAUAAUGCAGCGCGAUUGAGUCUGGGAAAUCAGUUGCGAGGACUAGGCAAUGAUUCACACACUCCUUCACCGUACUCGAGUCAAGGCAGUCAGAGCAACGUUGCAAUGGUUUUUGAGAACCAGAAUCCUGUUCCAAUUAAUCCAUUACCACCACCUCCAUUGCCUCCACCUAUUUUUCUGGAUGAAGAAAAUUGCUACAACAAAUUGCCGCCAAAGUUUCCUACAUGGACAUCCACUAAUGAAGCUAAAAAUAUUAAUACAUGGACAGAAGAGAAACCAAAAUCCUGGGAAGGAAGUAAUAACCGCUGGAAUGAGCCCGAGGCUCGAUGGUCCAACGGUAUGCAGUCAAAGCCUCUAGCUUCCGAGACCUCAGACUCUCCACCGAGUUACGAAAAGUCAAACUUCCAUGAAUCCAUAGAAUACCCGGAUUCUCAGGCUCCAGAACCUUUGGUCAACAGUGUUACUGACGUAGAUCAUCGAGUUGCUCCUGCUCCAAGGCCAAACGAUAUUCAUCUUCCACGAUUAAUGAAAUCCGGAGACGUUGAUCAUAGAAAUUUAAUCAGUUUGACCGGCAGUCCCGCCAGCGUAAUUAAUUCCGAAUCCGUUACUUCAAAUAAUCGAAUCUGGGACUCUGAUCAAGACUACAGAAGACAAGUGCAGUCGGGUGAUAUAGUAGAAAGCGUAGACAUGGAAAUGUCUGAUGAUGAAGCUGAUGGUCCAAGUGUUAAACAAAAGAACCGAGUUCUCGUAGAUUUGAGGGCUCAAGACCGCGACAUGAGAAUAACUCAGCCGCCUCCGCCACCAAGACACGACAUGGACAUGCGAAUGAUUCCGCUGCCAAACAACCCGAUGAUCCGCGGUCCUAUGCCUGACAUGAGAAAUGUUCACAUCAGACCACCUCCACCCGGGCAGUUCCAUCCUCAAGAGUUCGUUCCUGGUCAGCCGAAUAAUUUUCCUCGGCCUGAAGAUUUUCCCGGUGGUAAUUGUCCUCCAGGUAUGCCUGGGUUUAUGCCUCCUGGAGAGUUUCCUCCUCACCCUGAUUAUGCGCGUCAGGAUAUUUACGAGAGCUACCAAGGUCCUCCACCAGGAGAUCACCAAUCCCAGAUAUUCCGUGGACGUGGCAGAGGCUUCAGGAAUCGGUUCUCGGAUCACAAUGAUCGGAACCGGCGCAGACACGACGAUAAUUUGGCUGAUAGACAGCAGAACUUGCAGCCUCCUGACACAGUUGUUAUUUUGGACGACAAUGGCAUGCCCAUAAUGCCGGAUCUUAACGACGGAAGACUUUCUCUGGAUCCUGAAGAGCACGAGGACUUACGACCUCCUGGACAUAGUCCUGAUAUUUCUGAAAUACCCGAUAAACUUAAUGACGAUGAUGUUAAUGCUGAAGAACGCGCUCAGACUGCCGAUGAAGCGCCGCGUAAUUUAUCGGAACAUCUAGAGGCGUUGAUGAACUCUAACAUGACCAAUGAUAUGGAGCGACAGAAUGGGCUUCUUGAGCAAGAUAUGUCGACAGCAAAAAGGCCUAUCAAUGGCCCCCCCAGCUCGGGAAUAAGUGACAUACAUCCAGGAGCUUUCGACUACGAGUCGCCAAACGCAAACUUCCGGCCGCGAAUGCCGACAAACAGUCCAUUUGCCGGGCCCUGGAGAGGCAAUCAUACUCCUCGCAGCAGGGGCGGGUUUCGGGGAUCUCCCAGGGCGCCUUGGAACGAUCGAUCGUCCGAACCCAAAAAUACUGCGGUCGGGGUACCGAACUUCGCUCCACUCGCUUCGAUGAUUUUUCGGAUGUUCUUCUUCUCCUUCUUGAGCUUCCUUAUCUUCUUUGGCUGA